AUGCUGAAAAGUUGUGAAAGUACUACAGUGGCAAUUUCUGUAGGAAUUUCUUUUUUUUUAUUAUUGAUGGUCUGUGGAGUUGGGUGUAUUUGGCACUGGAAACGCAGUAACACACAACAGCUCACCUUACCAAGUUUUUUGCAAAGGAGAAGGAGCAGGAAAGAAGAUUAUACCGAAACACUUCCCAUCCAUCCCCAUGUGAUCAACCCACAACCAGAAAUGACAUUUCAAACUGAAGACCACAUAUCUGCUGAGAGAGAGGCUAACAUACAGGACAAUUAUGAAAAUAUGAAAAUAAGUCCUUGCGAAGCUACUGAGGAAAUUGAGAAGGAAAUAUAUGAGAAUAAUGGACAGUCCAAUUUUGAAGAGCAUAUUUAUGGGAAUGAAAUAGCAUCUCAUUAUUGUAACUUCCAGAAGCCUAGUAUUAGUACCUCUGAUGUUCCUCAAGAUGACGACAUAUAUAUUCUUCCAGAUCCAUAG